GCCCGAGCAUCCCAUGCUCAUCAGUGUCGCCGGAAAUGUGCAGAAAUGCAGCCUGGAGGGACAUUCUUGCAGAAGAUUGUCCAAAAACGUGUGGUCUUUGUGAUACAGGCGAUUGCGUCGAUUUGGCACCUAACUGCGGUCUGGGUGGCGGAAUUAUUUGCCAAAGCGCAAAGCUACAAGAGUUCACCAAGAAAAACUGCAGGAAGACAUGCGGAUACUGUUCCGACUCAUCCAGCUCGAGCACGGCAGCACCGGGUGCUGGAUGUGGAACAAACCCAAACUGUGCAAAAUGGAAACAAAACGGAUUUUGCGACAGCACAUUCUAUUCGCAGGCAUACAAGAUGCAGGUAA